AUAUUAACAAUAAAAAAAAAAAAAUCACAAAAUCAAAGGGACAAAACAAAAUCUCAUCAGAGUUUUUUUAUUAAGGGAUCUAAAACACAAAUUUUCUGUUUAUGUCAAAAACACACCAACUCAAUUAAAUACACUGCUCACAAGAAUGAUAUUAAAGAUCUAUGGAGAAGGAAAGCAACUCUCCUGAGAAUAAUAUAAUGAAUGAAGACAACCAAGAGCAUAACCAUGUUCCUCCAGCAGAUGUUCUAUUGAAGCGGAAACGUGGUCGUCCAAGAAAGCAUCUGCGGCUGCGUCUAAACCACAGAGAGAAUGCUCAUGAUCUGGGGAUUCAGAAUCAAAAUCAAGAAGAUAUUGCCCGUUCUCCACCUGGAUUUGAUGUGGUGAACAGUCAUCAAAACAAGAAUGGAAAUCCAGGCAAUAAAGCAAAUGAUGUGAUGGUGGGUCAGGUAGUUAAUGGCAUUAUUGAGGCAGUAUUUGAUGCUGGAUAUCUACUCACUGUUAGGGUUGGUAACUCAGAAACCGCUUUAAGGGGUGUUGUUUUCAAGCCUGGACAUGUCGUACCUGUUUCAGCAGACAAUGAUGUAGCUCCAAAUGUUCCAAUGAUCAGGAGAAAUGGGAUUCCUUUCCCAAAAGAGAGAAGCGGGCGGCAUGUCAAUUCUCAUAGAAACAGAAGUGCUCGAGCUGCAUAUAGUGCUGCUAAUUUUGGAGUCCCAAAAGGCACACCGGGACACUUGGUGACGACCCAUAAUGCGAGUCCAACAAUCUCAAGGGGUACUGUGGUACCUGUUCUGCUCCAACCUGUUAAGUUGGGCAAUGGUGGAUCAGUUACCAACCAACCAGUUCAAAUUGUUAGCCAACCCCCUCAUUUGGUGGCCUCUAGAAGCAAUCAGUUGUCUGAAGCUGCUCGUGCAUCCAACAGGGCAACAACUGCUGAUCAGGUGGCAACUGUUGGAUUCCAAAGUUUUCCUCCACCUCAAAAUGCCCACCAGCUGAUGCCAAAGGUAAUGCAAAGUGAAGCUGGUACUUGUGAGCAACUCCAGGUUGAGGUGUCUGGGGAGGUAGAAGCCAAGUCUAUGAGAUCGCCUGGUAUGCCUUUCGAAAAACUUUUAACUGAAGUCACGAAAAGAGUUCAAGCCUCCUCACAGCCAGUGGAGGUUCAAGCUAGUCACAACCUUGAAGACAAUAAGCCACUCUCUAUCAAACCACUGCAAUCUAUACAGCCUGAUCACUCUGCCCCUCAAUCCAAACCUUUGGAGAAUUAUAGAAUUGGCAAGAUGACUCAGCUAUUGCAGGCUGUGCAGGAAAACAUAAGGGAGAACCAGGCAGCCCAGGCUGCUGGUGCAGCAUUUGGUUCCAGAGAAACUGAACUUGAAGAGAAAGAAACUGAUGAUUCUGAGAACCCUUCCCUGGCUUAAAGUGUCUGAUUUGGUUGUCACCCCCACCAGCAGUCCUAUCCUUCUAAGUUUUAACUAUUUCACAUGUUGUAUCAAACAAUCAUAGAGAAGUUUAGUGAUCCUAAAAUGGGUGACGCGAAUCAGAAAAUUGCCUCUUGAUGGUUGUAACCUUAACUGCAGAGGUUGCAUUGCAGGUGACAAUGUGUUAGCUCUAGUCAGACCUUGAGCAACAGAACAUCUUACUUGCUUAGAAUAUGGUAUCAAAACUUUUUCAGGCAUCAACUCAUAUAGAUCUAGACAAAAGAAAGAGCUUGUUUAUACUGCCUGAUCUUCAUAAGUAGGAGUAGAGCUGAAGUUAGGCAUGUUAAAAGCAUACAUGGUUUCAGAUUCAUGAUCAUUAUCUAGAUGGAUAAACUUUUGGAGGAUAAUGCAUUUCCUAUUGCCUCUUUCAUUUUGUAAGUUCCUGUAUAUACACUUGCCAUAAAAUAUCAGACUCCAU